AGGAUGACGAGCCACUAGCAUCCGGGUCUGGGAUCGUCGACAGGCAUUGGGCGGCAGCAGAGCUGGAGAACUGGUCGGACCUCCUGUCCCGCUGGGACGGUACCGGACGGCCUAAGCAGCUGACGACGUUAAUUCGAAAGGGUGGUGUACCUGAGCCUCUUCGCGGUCGUGUCUGGGAGAUGCUGGCUGGUUUGACUGCUGAUUCAGAUUUACUGGACAACUUCCGUGUGUUGGUCACUAAGGAGUCUCCACAGGAACGCAUCAUACUGGAGGACAUCAAUCGUACCUACCCGGCACACGAAUACUUCCGCGAGGACGGAGAAGGUCAGCGUGCACUCUACAAAAUCAGCAAGGCGUACUCCAUUUACGACAAGGAAGUCGGCUACUGUCAGGGACUGUCAUUUCUCAUCGCAGCCCUUGUCCUACAUAUGCCAAUGGAGCAGGCGUUUGGCUGCCUGGUACAGCUCAUGUACCAGUACGAAGUGCGUGAUCUGUUCCGCAACGAGUUCACCCGGCUCAAGCUCAACCUGUUCCAGUUGCAGAAGCUGCUUGAGGACGCCAUGCCCGAUCUGGCGCAGCAUCUAGCGGCGGAGAGCGUUGAGACGCACAUGUUUGCCUCGCAGUGGUUCCUGACGCUCUACUCGUCCAAGUUCCCACUGCACGCCGUCUACCGCAUCCUCGACCUGUUCCUCUCCGAAGGGUCGGACGUCAUCUUCCAGGUUGGAAUAGCCUUGCUGAAAAUCGCCAAAGCAGAGCUUCUAGCAUUGGACUUCGAGGGCAUCCUCAAGUACUUUCGUGUUCAGCUGCCCAAGAAGUUCUCCACCGAAGAGCAAGCUGCAAGGCUGCUCAGACAGGUUGUGUCCACAAAGAUCUCCCAGCGAAAGUUGAAGAAGUUCUCCAAAGACUACGUUGCACAUCUGGAGGCUGAAGCAUUGAAUUGUGACCCAGUGGAAAGGCUGAAGCGUCUGACGAGUGAGCAACAUAACACCAUCCAUCGACUGGAACAAGAGAACGAUAAUCUCGCCACCGAACUGGUCGCCAGCAAAGUGCACCUACGAACGGAAAUGGAUGAGCUGGAGCGUAAGGUUGAUCGUCUGAGCAAGCAGCUUCGCAACAGGGAUGAUGAUGUACAGCGAGUCACCAUGGAGAAAGAGCAGACGUGUGAGGAGUUCAGUCAGUUCAAAGAGCUCUAUCAGCAGUCGCUGCUAGAGUUGAAUGAGCUGAGAGAACGCACUAGCAGCGAGAGAGCCGAGCAGUCUAUGCUGGCCAGGGAAAUGGACGAGAGACACCAGCGAGUGCAGCACGACCUACAGCAAGAGCUGCUAGAGGUCAAGGCACGCUUGUCCAAGGUGAUGUCACGACGCCAGCAAGCCAGCAGCACGCGCAGUCACGGCGAGGUAUCCACAUCAUCCGGUGUCGGCGACUCGGACCAGCGAACGACGUCACAGCUACGACAGCCAAUUGCGGAAAACAAGGCGGACAGCUCGGCAGACCCUUCUGCGGCCGCUACAGCUGCUGCUAGUGAGGAUGAGUCCGUACCCGUGUCUGGUGAUGCCGAGAAGGGCUCUGAGUGGAACAAUGGAGAAGAGGCGUUGGAAAUCGUCGACGAUCUAUCUCUGUCGGCGGAGCACCGCUGUCGGGAUCUGGAGGUGCAGAUGGCGCACUAUAAGCUGCAGCUUGUGGAGGCUGAGUGCAAAAUCCAAGACUUGCAGCAUGCGCUGCGAACGUCCACACCCGACCAGGAACAAGAGUCCACCGUCAACCGCUGGUUGUCCAAGCUCAGAUAACAGCAGGACGUCAUGAGCACCUCGGCUUAUCUUCUGCCUUGAGCGGCAUGUUGUUGUUCGUCCACUCCAGUGUGUUUGUGCAGCUGGUAAAGUCACGGCAAUUCCCCGCUGCUAACAGGAUUGUUUGGUGCCAGGUUAUCAGUUUCUCCGUGUCGAGACCCUCGACGACCAGCACAACUGUGUCCAAGCACUGUCACUUCAAGUUUCGUCACGGCUCUCUCUCUCUCUCUCUCACAAACACACACACACACACACAUACAUACAUACAUACAUACAUACUACUACUACUACUACUACUACUACUACUACUACUACUACUACUACUACUACUACUACUACUACUACUACUACUACUACUACUACUACUACUACUAUUGACAGCUGCCAGAGAUGGCCACGCCGCUCCCCAAAGGGAGGUACUGUCAGAGAGGUUAGGGGGGAGGAAGGCAAUGCUCCAAGUGGCGUUCCAGAUCUUGCACACAUACACACACACACACACACUUUCUCUCUCUCACUCACUCUCUCACUCACUCUCACUCUCUCUCUCUCACUCUCUCUCUCUCUCUCUCUCUCUCGCUCUCUCGCUCUCGCUCUCUCUCGCUCUCGCUCUCUCUCUCUCUCUCUCUCUCUCUCUCUCUCUCUCUCUCUCUCUCUCUCUCUCUCGCUCCCGCUCUGUUUUCUCGGCGUGCUGUUUUCAUAUUACGAGUGCUGUCCCCUGCGGUGAUGCUCAACUGCGUGUGUCCUGUUUGACCUUCACGACUCGCCGUCAGGCAAGUUAAAUCCCUUCGCAGCAAUGUCACACUCGUCUGCGUGCGUACAUUGACAAAUGCCAUGUCACACUCGUCUGCAUGCGUACAUUGACAAAUGCCUAUCAUUCUCCAAUAGCACUUGCGGGCCACAUAGCGUGGUGGCCGGAUGCGCCUUUCCUGGUGGGGUCGUAUCCACCUGUAUACCUGUACGCACGGUGGAUUGCUAUGCAGUGGAGCAUGCUACCUCUACACACUGUGGAUUGCUGCUAUGCAGUGGAGCAUGCCACCUCUACACACUGUGGAUUGCUGUUGAUUACCACCUGUAUGUACUGUGUAGUUCUUUCCAAUGCCCCCCCCCCCUCCCUCCCUCCCUCCCGCGGCUUGCGUGCUUUCGACUGCUGCGCACAGCGCUAGACAUGCCUGCCCAAUGGCUUUAUAUACGUUGUAUGUACACUGUAGCUUUUAGCUUCUAAUACUCUGCUGCAGGCGGCUGGCUAAUCGAUACCAAAGUCAGCCUGGCUGUCCGAUAACUACUUGAUUUCGUAAUUUCAUUCUUUUUUACGCACGUGGACCUGCUUGCCCGUACCAGCAUUGUCAACAUAGCGAUGUUCACUGUGACAUACUCGUUGUCAUAGUGAUGUUCGCUUUGCCAGCACCAUUGCCAUAGCGAUGUGCACUGUGACAUCAUCAUUGUCAUGGUGAUGGUCACUGUGACAUCAUCGUUGCCAUAGCGAUGUGCAUUGUGACAUACAUGUACUCAUUGUCAUAGUGAUGUUCACUGUGCAAGCACCAUUGCCAUAGCGAUGUUCACUGUGACAUCAUUGUCAUAGCGAUGGUCAGUGUGACAUCAUCAUUGUCAUGGCGAUGGUCACUGUGACAUCAUCGUUGCCAUAGCGAUGUGCACUGUGACAUCAUUGUCACGGCGAUGUUCAAACCUACCUCCCCAACGACUACUACUGCUCCCGGUUUCACUGUGGAAGUGAUUUGAAUGAAUGAACAGCUUUUGAUCUAGACCCGUGGUUAGGUCUGACGGGUUUUUUCUUCUUUUUAGUCACUGCUUUGCCUAUUACCCUAACACUGCGCCCACGAAAGGUGGGACUGUGGCGGGGUAUUUUUUUCUUCUUUUACCGACACCGACUAGCUAGUCAACUUUGUUGACGGGUGAAUUAAUUACUCACGUCUUUGGCUCCUACGCCCGUGUGCACGCGUGUGUGUGGUGUGUGUGCGUGCGUGUGUGGUGUGUGUGCGUGUGUGUGUGUGUGUGUGUGUGUGUGUGUGUGUGUGUGUGUGUGUGUGUGCAUGCUCUUUGAUUACUCUCAAUUAUUUUUCUAUUUUAUUUUUGAACCUGUAUCUUUCUUUAUUACUUCUUGCGAUCUAUCAGUCGUCAUCAAUAUUAUUAGUUUCUUGCUUUCCUCACAUUAACUUCUUGGCAGAACAACUGGACUUGUUA